AUGGGAAGUUACGAGGAAAACAGCUAUGAUCCGGAAGAAACUGCGGGUUUACUGUCGGGUUCUGAACAAGAUAAAAAAAAGGUUUGUGAUCAACUUUUGCGAACCAUUUUCGGUUUGGGAUCAGGGGAGAGAUAUUUGUUAUUAGUACUCCUUGGUGCAAUUUUUGUCGCCUUUAUAACCAUAGGAAUUGCCGCAGCGUGGACCGAAAUAGCUUAUGGACUACCAGUAAAACGUAAUGUAAUUCUAAUGAUCUCGGAUGGCUUCGGUCCUGCAUCUGAAACAUUCGCCCGUAAUUAUUAUCAGUACGUCAAAGAUUUGUCGUACGAUUUCGUUACUCCACUAGACGAAUUACUCGUCGGUUCGUCAAGGACCAGAUCCUCCAAUAGUCUCGUCACCGAUUCCGCUGCAGGUGCGACAGCUUUCUCCUGCAUCUUAAAAACAUAUAACGGUGCUAUCGGAGUGGAUCCUGAAAAAUCUCCGUGUGGCACCAUUCUUGAAGCCGCAAAAGAAUUAGGAAUGGCAACAGGAUUGGUUGUAACAAGUAGGAUUACUCAUGCAACCCCUGCUUCAUUUUCGGCUCAUGCUGUUUCCAGGGACUUGGAGUACAUCAUUGCCACUCAACAGAUUGGGGAUUAUCCCUUGGGACGACGAGUUGAUUUGAUGUUAGGUGGCGGAAG